AAUUCGCAAAGUCCGAGGAAGGAUGUGAUAUAUACUGGUUGUGAACAUGACAUUGUAUUGUGUCAAUUAACGUUAAAGAAUCGUUACAGGAUGGACCAGAUUCCCCGUGUAUCAGAAACCCUGUAUGUGUGUGUGUGUCGUGAGAUAGGGACACCGACAGAAGUGACCUUCAGAAGGGAUAUAUGGGACACGGGGGAAAUGAUACGGAAACCUUCACAGUUAUAUAAAGGAGAUAGAAGGAUGCUGAGUGGUAGUUAUAGGGAAGGAUUUAGGUUUAAAUCAUCUGACAGGGAUUACAUGGUAUGGUUCCCUGAUCAUAAGGUGAUAUGUGGGAUGUCUCAGUCAACGUUUUAUCACCCACCCAGACAUACACUUAUCUAUAUGGAGACCUCCGAUACUCCCCCGGGAUUUGCCAGAUUACAACUACUCACGCCAUCAAAUCGCCAAAUUGUCAUGUCCUCACUACUUGAGAGAAACAAUACUGAAUACAUUUCAAGUUCAUUACUCCGGAUGAGUUUCCAUCAGUUAAUGAAUGGAUUGAAUCCAGCCGAUGAAGGUGAGAAACUGCACGGUCCAUGUCACAACUACACUUAUGGAUCUAUAGAGACUGAUGUCGCCCUGUGUUUCCAUUCCCGUCAUUGGCCCUUACCAGCCUUUCCCUGGGUUGAUAGAUGUUUGAUUCGCGUAUGGCCAUCGUGUAGUGUACUGAAAUCAAUUAUCGAUGAAGGAUUUCAUUUUGUUCCUAUCGGAAACAGACAGACACAUGAAAACUCAGACUUGGAGUGGAGAAUUUCUUUUUCACAAGCAGAGCAAAGGCUAGUGUACUCUAUGAACCAUUGCCAGUUUCUCUGUUACGGAAUUAUGAAAAUAAUUCUGAAGGAAGUGAUUUUUGAUGAUUUACUAUGUUCAUAUUUUAUGAAAACAAUAUUAUUUUGGAGAAUUCAAGAGAGCUCUUCAACUCCAUGGUUACCAUCAACAUUGCUCCAACAUGUGUGGUUUUGUUUCAAAUCUUUGUUGCAGUGUGUAUAUACCGGUUACCUUCCAAAUUUCUUUAUUCCAGAGAACAACAUGUUUGCAGGAAAAGUUGUCGGGGCGCAACAAAUAUUCCUGUAUCAAAAAUUAGAAACAUUUUACAACAUUGGCGUUGCCUUCCUGUUACGUAGUCCCACUCUUAGAGAGAUUCUGAUCCCGGCCGUCUCCGAUCCAUACUUUGUAAUGCAGACAGGGGAAAGUUACCUCAAGUCAGAAAUAGAUAUUGAUAUUGCUUUUUUUAUUGAAAGCAGUAGUGGUAGAGGUAUAGUCUUUGUAUCGGAUUUCCUUUCAAACAUGAUGCAUUUAAAUGUUAUAAAUCAGUUAUUCUCAACCUGUCAAAAUACUGCAUACCAUGGUAGUUUGGUAAAUGUACUUGUAUCAUCUUCCAUGUCACUAAAAGCACAAUGUUUGUAUGUGUCUCAGAAAAAGAGACACAGCAAUGAGAGGUCAAUAAUUCACAUGUUGGGUCUAGUUUUAAAGUUAGGUUGUGUAUCUGAUGGUUUAUAUUUAGCGUUAUACUUGUACGAUACCGGUAGAUAUCAAACAGCGCUAGCUGUCACAUAUACAGUGAAGCAGAGACUCUCACAGCCUCAUAUCAUGUAUAAUACUGUAAACAUACAGAGAUACAGUGAGGCGGUAGGUGGUCAGUCUAUGUUAACUAAGUUUAGGAAGGCUUGGGCAAGAAAUGUUAAGUACUACAGUAAGUUAACCUUUAUUGAAGAAUUAAGGUUGGAACAAGAAGUCAGUCAAAUGAACGGAAUGACAGCUUUAUAUUUAUCUCCCUUUGUGACCGUGCACAUGUUAUCUGUCCUAUGUCACUACAGACUAGGUAACAGGUCACAAUAUCUACAGGCACUGACAGACCUACACAUCCUACUGCUCUAUGAUGAUGGGAGAUAUGUAGAUUUAGAAGGUAGAGACAUGUCCUGGCAGAUACUGGGGAUCUGUCAACAUGUUGUGGGGGACUUACACGGGGCGUUACAGUCUUAUCAAGAGUCACUUCGACAGAAACCAGAUAACAAAAUACAGAUAGCUACGGAAACUAGAAUUAAUUUGGUCGAAUCACAAUUAAGAAUGAACAGUACUCGUACAGUGACGUAGAGGAAUUAUGGUGUGUAAAAACAACCAGACACAGUUCAGUAACUAGCUAUUCAGAUUAAAUGGGGACAAGAUAGCUUAUUGCAUGAAUAUGAAUAGAACGUUGUUUUUUUUUAAAAUUCAGUACACAAUUUUGUGUAUAUUUCAUCGCAUAUAAUUAUAAUAACAGAGACGUCGGAUUCUGUUCCAGUAGAGAAAAUAGCGUGUGAUGCCGGACAAUGUCGUUUGUUAUGACUUACACAAAUCCCUGUCUUGUUGUAGUCAUAUCUUUAAUUGUCUUUUCAAAUAUAUGUACAGGGCUCAUGGCGGGUGUGUUCGGUCGACAGGUGAUGCUUACUCCUUCUAGGCACCUGAUCCCACCUCUGGUUUGUCCAGGGGUCCGUGUUUGCCCAACUAUCUAUUUUGUAUUGCUUAUGGGAUUUAUGAGAUUGAUCACUGUUCGUUAUCUUCACCUUUCAUUUAAAGAAUUGACUCCGUAAGGGCCUUCACUAGGAUCGUGUUUUAAAAGGCCAUAAUUGUAUUUACCAGAAUUUGUGCCAUUUUACGUGUGAUUCUCAACACCUUUAACAUAUACAUGUAUAUAAGUUUUUACAAUAAAAGUCAUAAAAAGGUUUUUUAAAAAUUUGUAUUGAAAACUUUACUUUUCAAAUCAUAUUAGUUUUUUCCUCUUUGCAAUAGAAUAUUUCAUUUUGUAUUACUAUGUUUAAAUGGAUACCUGUAAACUGCGAUAUGAAAUCGAAUUAAAAAAACCAAACAAAUCGAACUGAUAUCCAAAUUUAAAUACAAACGAUACUUAUGAAGUUGCAAGUUUUAGUUACAUUUUUAUGUGUUCGUUUUAUUUAAUUUUAAUUUUUAGUUUUGUUGAUUAAGUAAUGCUCUGGAUAACGAAGGUAAGUGACUGUUGCAACUUCUAGUUUUUGCGGAACAUAUGUAUAUUAUUUUGAAAUAUAAAUUAUGUACAUUGUAUAUUAUACAGCACGAGCGCGCUACACCUUCUAAACCAGCUCAGAUGUUAUCUAAGAAAAUAAACUUUUGUUUUCAUAUC